AUGAAACUUAUACGUUGGCGAUCGUUCAUCCUAUGGAUAUUGUCUACUGUUUCUGCUAUUGCUCAUCCUGUCAAAUGCUAUUGCACGGAUGAUCACUGCGUACCAUAUGGAGUUUGCGAAAGUAAUGUUUGUUUAGUGGGUAUUAUAAGGAGUACAAAUUCAGUUAUUAGAACUUGUGGCUCAGAAUUGAUCGGAUGUAAAAAUAACAUUGGAAGAUGGUCGAGUUUAUGUUCUUGUGAUGAACCUUUGUGCAAUACAUUUGCUUAUCUAAGAAGCAAUAUGCAAAAGCAAAAAGAGCCGAUAACAGACGACGACGAUUCUCUUAUAUUUAAUCGAGUUGAUAGUAUGGAAUAUGAUUCUUUUCACCCAGAUCCAGAUGCAACAUUGUCGACAAGAACGUCUUUAUUAACGAUAUUACUUGUUGGCGUACCUUUAAUCGUUGGAACUGCCACUGUAGUCGUUGUUGCUUUUAAUUAUUAUUGUCAUCUUUGUUAA